AUACUCGGAGCCUUUCAGAGAAAACGUAUCCACAUAAGCUUACUUAGUAGAAUUGAUUACAUAAAUUUCCGAACAUGAAUAAAGUACUAAAGAAUACAAUGAAUGACGGGAUGUCUGCGAGAUGGUGCAUUAUAAAGGUGGGAAUACUUGCGGUUUAGUUAACACGGAUACUUUAAGUUCAUCAUCUCUUCGUGUAUAAUGAUUGCAACAACAAUGAUCAUCACUUUGUUGGUGGCUAACAUACCACAACUACGGGGAACUAUUUAUUUAUUUUUUGAUAUACCAAUCGCUCUUAUGUUCAUUGCAUCAAUCCUUCAAUUGGUGUUGCUUUUUACUCUCAAUCUCGACAACGUAUUCCCAGUGAAUUAUUUAUCGGCUUCAUUGAGCGUAUUAACUUCGUCUUCUGGUCUCGCAGUUGCAACAGCGUGGUUAGAUAUAUGGACUCUUCUUUCAUGGGGUCUUUCUGCACUUUUCUCUGUAAUAGCAGUGGUAGUUGGAUACAGAAUGCGGCGCCUUAAUCUGAAGGGAUACUAUGUCAUGUAUUACGUGAUAUCUGGAUUGAUGAUUUUAGGUGGCAUUCCGUUUGUGGUUCUCUUCCUUCUAAAGUAUAAGGAUGCCGCAAAUCUGGUUUUCGGUGCACCUUUGGUAUUCUGUUUAAUCGUGGCAUUAUAUCUUACUGGACAAGGUUUAAAGAGUUGCAAUGGUACGCUGACUGAUUCCUUCAUACCAUUUAGACAGGCUCUAAUCACCUGGGCGUUAGUAUGCUUGAUGUACAUUACCCUUUCACGUACCAUUUUAGUAAUUCGAGACUAUAUUCGGAAGAAUAAUCAAAUCGUCAUUUAAACCGACAUUCCCUUCUCUGCACCACCUACUACCUGACUUUCAUCUGUUAUUACUAUUGUUGUUAAACUGGAUUCUGCGUGAA